GCAACAGUUGCGGCUGCUGCGCGAGGCCAGGUGAAACAGAGCGCUGAGGAGGGGGACGCUGCAGGGCAAGUGCUGCUGCUGGGUCUACCGGCGUGAUGCCAGCCCUGAUGCUGAUGCAGGAGAAUUGCCCCUUCUGCUUCAGCGUGAAAGGCAACGUGAAGAUGCUGCGGCUGGAUAUUAUCAACUCUCUGGUAACGGCAAUAUUCAUGAUAAUCAUAUCUGUGUUGGCACUGACACCGGAAAACACAUUUAUAGUCUUCGGAGGGGGAGAUCUUGUCAACAGUUUCAUUACAGCUGUAUUCCUUUUAAUAGUUGGCGCCUUGACAAUGCAAGAAAAGGAAGGAAGGCGUUUAUUGUAUGUUGGAGGGUCCCUGUGUCUCGUGGCGGCAAUCGUGUGUCUCAUCGAUGCGACUCUAGUCACCAAGACGAUGAGGAAUAACAUGAAAAGAGUCCUGGGAAUCGAAAACGAAACCAGUACCUCCCCUGCCCAGGUGGAGCCCACCCCGAAACCCGCCCCAGCAGAACCCACGCUGAAACCCGCCCCAUAA